AUGAAUUCACUCAAGAGCUUCUGGACUCAAUACUUCCCGCCUUCGCCAGCGUUUACCGAAUCACAAGUUGGCCCCCAACUACUCCGCGUCUUCAUCGUCACCGGAGGAAACUCAGGGCUAGGCCUGGAACUAGUCAAACAGCUUUACCCAACGGGUGCAACAAUCUAUCUAGCCUGUCGCUCCAAGGAACGCGCCGAGACAGCGAUGCAGGAAGUCAUUGAUUCCUUCAAGGAAUCUGACAUCAGCACACCGUCCAAACUAAAAUUUCUGUAUCUGGACUUGAAUGAUUUAUCGUCCAUUGCCGAAUCAGCCGCUACUUUUUGCGAAAAUGAGUCGAGGCUGGAUAUCCUGUGGAAUAAUGCAGGGAUUGGCGGGAGUCCCGUUGGGACUACAACCCGGCAAGGCAUUGAGGGACAUAUCGGGGUAAACUGUGUUGGCCCCCUGAUGUUCACCCAGGCCCUUCUGCCAAUGCUCCGCAAUGCAGCUCACGACAGCUCCACCGGGCGUGUGCGUAUCGUUUGGACUGCCAGUUUGAGUAUCGAGUCGCACGCUCCUGUUGGGGGAAUUGAGGCGGAUCGAGUGGAUUGCGGGAUCACGCAAGAUCCUCCCAGCGACUACGCUCAAUCAAAGGUGGGGAACUGGUGGUUGGCGGUUGAAGGUGCGAGACAGUAUGCGGAGUACGGAAUUGUGAGUGUUGCGCAAAACCCGGGACAGCUCGAUACAGAUGUGUGGAAGCAUCAGCCGUGGUGGAUCAUGAUGCUGGUGAGGCCCACUUUGCAUGAAAAGAGAUUCGGUGCCUAUACAAUGUUGUAUGCAGGGUUCUCCAAGGAUCUGUUGGUUGGAGAUACACGAUACGUAAUUCCAUGGGGCCGAGUGAGAGAUUGGAAGGAGUGUCCGCGGAGGGACAUUGUAGCGGCUAUGGAGGAUAAUGGUCCUAAAUGGUUCUGGGAUUGGUGCGAAGAUCAUUAUAGACACUUCAUCUAG